UUUAUAACCUCCAGGGGGCGUAAUAGUAACGUCAACAACAAUAUUCGAAAGCAUGUCUUUUAAAAGAGAUGGUGAUGAUACUUCUCUCUUGAAUAAUCUCAAGAGAAGAAGAAUAAGUGAAUUGCUUGUUUGUCAUAUUCCUGAAGAUGAAGCUCUUCUAUUAAAAAAUGGAAGGUAUGCAUGCACUAUUUGUCAUCAUAAACCUAUUUUUGAUACAAUUGAUAUGUUAGCUAUCCAUAGAAAAGGAAAAAAGCAUCUAACUUAUCUUACCUGUCAUUUAGAAACACAGCAAAAAUUAAAAUUAAAAAAUAAUGCAAUAUCUUUAAAUGAUCCUGUAAAGACAAAACAGUCAAAACAACAUCAAUUGUUGAAAGCUAAACCUUAUGGAAGAAAACUCAAAAUUGAUAUUCCAUUUCAGAAGAAAGAUGUCCAAAAUUCAGCAGAUAUCCUACAGACAACAAACCCAUGUUCAACAAAUGCUUUAAUCAAAUCAUAUAUCAAAAAUUUAUCAAGGAAGAAGGAAUUUUCAAAAGCAGUUGAAAAAACACGUAUUAAUUCAUUAGGUCCAAAGAAAUCAGAAAAAAUUCAUAACACAGAAAAUAAAAAAGAGGAAAAGGUUAAUCCAUCAAAUGAGACAGAAACACAGCAACCAUACAAUGAAAAAAAGAUGCAGCAAAUAGAGUUUUAUUUGAGAGCUCGUUCAUCUGGUUGGAAAAAAGACAAAACUGGAAAAUGGAUUAAAGAAGAAGGAGUAGAAUUUGAUAGUGAUGAAGAACCUCCUGAUGAUAAUUUAUCUUGAUAAAUACUUAAAUUAAGAAUAUACAGAUGAAUUUUUCAUAGUAAAGAGAAAGAAGAAAAACAUUUAUAAAUCAAAACAAUUAAGUGAAACAACUAGGAAUAUAUUUAUCAAAGCAAAAUUUCAAGUAAUGUAAUAGAAGAAAUUUUGAAGGAGUGGAGACAUUUACAAUUCUGUCAUAUACAUAGACAAUUGGAAAAUUAUCACUUCCAGGACAGGAAAAUCCAAAACUAGAAGGAAUCCAGAGAGAAGAUUUAAAAACUAUAUAUAGAAAUGUUGAAUAAAAAAUAAAAAUAGGAAGAUAUAUAAUACUUACAAACAGAUAUUGAGAGAACUGCUAUGUAUAUUAGCAAAUAGAAGAGUAAGAAACUCAAACUCAAAUAAUUGAAAAUUCAUCUUGGGAGAAGAAGAAUAUUAUAUAAAUUUACUUUAUAAAAGCUGUAAAAAGAAUUUUAAUUAUAUAUAAAACUUAUGACAUUUUAUGCUUACAAAAGCAUUGUAAAUUGACAAAGUACAGUGUUUCUCUUUAAUAAAUUAUAAUGU